AAACAGCUGUGUAUGUGACGUCAUGACGUGUGUGAGCGCAUCAAAGUAUCUUUGGUCUUCAAACGUUUUGUCUUAAACGUAAACAGUUGACCGUUAUACAUCCAACACAAUGAGCGAGCUGAGCCAGGAAGAGAUUCGGAAGAGGCGACUAGCAAGAUUGGCGGUACUUGACACGAAGGCCUCUUCAUCAUCUUCACCACCACAAGCAGCUCAGCUAGCACCGCCCUCGCCAAGCAAAGCAGUGCCGUCCACCCCUCCAACACCAGGCCCAUCACAGAGUACAAGUGAACAAGUUGCAGGUGUGAACCAAGGAGCUUCAUGUUCAUCACCAUCAAAAUCUGGUAGUGCAGAACCAAAGACACCACCAGUUCUAACUACACAGAAAAGUGAUUCUCAGAGCACUGACACAUCUUCCCAGAUGGAGGUUGACGAAAUGCUACCAUGUGAAAAAAGUGCUUCUACUUCACAGAUGGAUGUAGACUCUGGCAUUGAGAACAUGGAGGUAGAAGAUUCACGUGAAGGCACAGGCCUGAGGCACCGGACAUCUAGCUCCUGUAAUGACAUAACAGAUGAUCAAGUUCAUGCUACGGUGUCAAGAGUAUUGUGUGUAUCAUGGAAGGAGAAGACUGACAAGGCCAUUUAUCUUCCUGAAACAGCAGCUGCCAUUGAAGAGGUUGACAAUAUCAAUGUCCAGGACUUAGUAAACCAGUGCAUAAUGGAAGUGUUAGUGAUAGUGUGCCAGCGUGGUGAGGAUCCAGAAAGUGAAGUGUCAGGACUAUCAACAACAGAAGGAGACCGUGAUGGUGACUUGGCAAGUCCUGCUCCUCACACAGCAUCCAGCAGUGACAGCCCAUAUCCUCCUUCCUCACCAUUACAACAGCAGGAACGUUCAUCACCAGCUCUUCCACUGACUGAUCCCCAGGAACGUGCCCUACGUUAUCUCACCAAUUGCUACACAAGAGUAGCCACAGAGGAAAGGAAUCAUCCAAAGAGAUGCAGUUCACCACCAUUGAGUGAAGUUCUGUCAGAUCUACGAGCACAACUUGUGCAGUUUGCUGCAUUAGUCUUGCAGGGCUCUUUAGACAACUGGCCUGAGGAGAGGCCCACAAGUGCCACCUCUGGGUCAGUGGGAGGUCUGGGAGUGUCAGAAUCCCUUCUUUUGUCACCUAUUCUUUCACAGACACUGCCUCGAGGAUUCCUGCCCGAACUUGUAUCCCGAACUUAUACAUCACCAGGCCCAGGAGAUGCCUUCUCAAAGAUAUUUGGAUCCAUUCUUCAAGGGCUUUUCAUAACAAUGAAAGCCUCUUCAAUAGUUGGAAAUGGGCACAGGCAACCAAUCCAGGCCUUGAGUGAUUUAUUGGAAAUAAGAUGUGGUCCAUCUGGAAAUGUGCGCCCAAUAUGCAGAUUACUCACACAACAGGUUCAGUUCCUGCCUGACUUGGUUACUCCAGCUGUUGGAAGAGAAUUGUCUCGAACAUCUUAUUUGGGACCAUUUCUGUCAGUGUCAGUCUUUGCAGAAGAUGAACCAAAAGUUGCUGAAAAAUUCUUUUCUGGAAACACAGCUGCUGACAAAUCACUGAACCACACACUACAAAUAGAAUUGGAAAAUACAAGAGUCAUAUUGCAUAAGGUAUUCCAUGAUAUACUUGUAAACAACAGUUCUCGUGAACCUACACUGUCAUAUAUAUCAACCUUGUUGCGGACCAAUGAGAAAAGAGCUCAGAUACACGCAGAUGAACGCAUGCUUGCUGGAGAUGGUUUCAUGCUCAACCUACUUUCUGUUUUGCAGAUGCUUGCUCUAAAGAUUAAAAUGGACAAGGUAGAUGUCUUCUACCCAUUCCACCCAUCAAGUCUAAUUGAUGUUAAAAAUGAAACAAGGUUAAAAUUUACAUCACAGGAGGCAACAAGUUGGCUGGAUGAUCUCAACCGAUCACUGACUCAUAAAUGGCGAGAACCAAAGUUUCCAACACAGUGCUGGUUUCUGACCCUCCACUGUCAUCACUUGGCCCUGCUUCCAACAUGCCACAAGUAUCAGCGCCGCAUUAGAGCUCUUCGUGAUCUGCAGAAACUGGUGGAUGAGAUGCAAGCGACAGAGCCCCAGUGGCGUGAUUUGGGAACAGCUGCACGCAACAAAGAAUUGCUGCGUCGGUGGAAGCAGCAGGUGAAGAAGUUGACACGAAGCAAAGCAUGUUCAGAUACUGGACUACUGGACGAAUCACUUGUGCGUCGCUCAUUAGUAUUCUACUCAUCUGUGGCAGAGCUACUGUUGAGUGCACUGACUGACCCAGCUGCUCCACCAGGGCAGCUGCUGCCCAGUAGUGCACCAGCUGUUUUUUCUGCUCUGCCUGAGUGGUAUGUCGAGGAUGUUGCUGAGUACCUGCUGUUUGCCCUCCAAUUUAUGCCAGGUGUCGUUGCUGACUGCAUGGAAAAUAACCUAAUCUCAUGGUUGUUGGUAGCUGUGUGUUGCCCACAAUUUAUCAGGAAUCCUUAUCUAAUAGCCAAAAUUAUUGAAGUUCUGUUCGUGAUAAAUCCUAAUGUGCAGUCAAGAACUGAAACUCUGCAUGAUCGUGUCAUGGCACAUCCUAUUUCACAAGUGCACCUGCCAUCUUGUCUAAUGAAAUUUUACACAGAUGUUGAAACUACUGGUUCCAGUUCAGAAUUUUAUGACAAAUUCACAAUACGCUAUCAUAUAAGUGUAAUCUUAAAGGGAAUGUGGGAUAACCCUCUACAUCGCCAGGCAAUUAUUAAUGAGUCAAGAUCUGGAAAACAGUUUGUAAAAUUUGUUAACAUGUUGAUGAAUGACACAACAUUUCUGUUGGAUGAAAGCUUAGAAUCGCUUAAGCGCAUUCAUGAGGUGCAGGAGCUAAUGAGCCAAGCAGAAGCAUGGAGCCAGGUACCACAUGACCAGCAACAGGCCAGACAGAGGCAGCUGUCAGCUGAUGAAAGGCAGUGCAGGUCUUACUUGACUUUGGCCAAAGAGACAGUGGAUAUGUUCCAUUAUUUGACAGUUGCCAUCAAGGAGCCAUUCUUAAGGCCAGAGCUGGUUGACCGCUUGGCAGCCAUGUUAAAUUUUAACCUGCAACAGUUGUGUGGUCCUAAGUGCAAGAAUUUGAAAGUUCGCAACCCAGAGAAGUAUGGCUGGGAGCCGCGUUGGCUUCUUAGUCAAUUAAUUGAUAUAUAUCUCCAUCUCAAUUGCGACAGUUUUGCUGCUGCUUUAGCUGGUGAUGAGCGGUCCUUCAAGAAAGAACUGUUUGAAGAUGCAGCAGCACGAAUGGAAAGACGUUCCAUUAAAACACCAACUGAGAUUGAACAAUUCAGAAACUUAGCUGAGAAAGCACAUGACAUUUCAGUACAGAAUUUGAAGAAAGAAGUUGAUUACAGUGAUGCACCUGAUGAAUUUCGGGAUCCAUUGAUGGAUACAUUGAUGGAAGAUCCCGUACUGCUUCCAUCAGGGAAAGUUAUGGAUCGUGCUGUUAUAGUGCGUCACCUUCUCAAUUCAUCUACAGAUCCUUUCAGUCGGCAACCACUCUCAGAGGACAUGUUGGAACCAGCUGCUGAACUGCGGGAAAGAAUAGCAUCGUGGAAACGUGAGAAAAAGAAAUCUGCAUAAUGUGAAAAUCUUGAAGUAAGUCUGUGGUGUAUUGUCAGCAAACUUCAAGACUCAGUGUUUUAAGAAGCCUGGGAAGGUGUGUGAUGCAAAAUAACAGAAAAUUUAAUGACAAACUUGUUACACAAUUGUCAUUCCAAUCUAUGAUGAUUCAUGUUGCAAGGUGCUAGUAAUUAUAAUAUUUAAACAAAAACUGUGGUUUUUGGAUUGUUUAAUACAGUGAUAAAACUACCAUUUUAUAAGUGCUGUAAGAAAACCUAUUGACAGGAGUGGCACAACCAACAGGCAUUAUAAACUAAGUUUAUUUGCCAGUGUGUGUUAAAACAUUUUGCUGUUAGCAAGCACCAUACUGUAGAAAGAUGUAUGUAUUCAGUUGGGAACAGAAAAUAUAAAUCAGUGACAACUUGUAAUCUGUUAAUACAAAAAGGUGUGUGCAAAAUCAUUUUGAUACAAAAUAAAAGCCACUGAAAAAAAACAACAACAACAGUUAAGUUGCACUAUUUUAUUGGGGCUAUACAUUAAUAACGCAGUGUUACAAAUGUAUGAGGUAUAUUUUCUAACAGUGACAGAAUAUUUGCACUGCAGGAGUUAGUGUCGGAAACUGAUAGAUCAUAUUUUUUGCACGUGUGUGUGUGUGUGUGUGUGUGUGUGUGUGUGUGUGUGUGUGUGUCAGCCAUUGUUAAUACCUGUUGUACAGAUUUGUGAGCUUAAUAUAUAUUUCAGUUGUGCUCUACAGUCACAGUGUCUGGUGAAUUGCAUUCUUAAAGCAUGUGAAGAGAUCAAAAGUGUAUGUUUUUGAUUGUUGAUAACACUUUGUUUAAAGUGUCAAUAAAACAAUAAACUGUGAAAUAAUAAAA